UGUGACUCCACCUCCUCCAUCACAGCACACUUCCGAAAGGCCUACAUCAUCCCUUGCAUAGGGCGUCAGACGCAGCUUGAGGGAGGGGGGAUGGGCCAGAUGCACCUCGCUGGGCCAUGGACGAGCUCAACUCGAUCUCCGGCGCCGAAGCAGCAGGGAUCGCGCCGAUCGAAGUUCGCCGUCGACAAGUCGACCCAUCUCUUUUCCAGAAUCUGAUCGCCCCCUUCUCUCAACGAGGCGAUCCUCUUCGGGUCUGCGAUGUGCAACCGAUUCCCGCCACUAUUGCGAGUUUUCUUUUUCGUUCCCUUCCCCCUGGAAUCUGCAAUUGUGCUGCUGGCUCGUGUCCUCCGAACGGGCAGCCGCCGCUGGGUGGCCCCUACUACUGUACAGGAUGUAUGCACAUAGGGGAUUCCGUCCUUUUGGCACAAUCGGUUUGUUUCGUGUUGUUUCGUGUUGUUUCGCCACGUCUCAUCCUCUCACACACAUUUCUCUCUCAGAUCAUCUUUUGGACCGUGUGUUUCGGCCACCUACGUAUUCCCAGAAGACUUAGGUGCAGUCGUAAUGUUCGGGAGGUUCCUAAGUAUAACCAUUGCAGCAGCCACUAUGCAAUAAGUCCCAGCUCUGCUAUGGCCACUUCGCGUUACCUACUCAGGUACUACUGGCUUGUCUGCCUACUUACCUAUUCCUCCGUCCCGCGCGACGGGACCCAGAAUCCCGGAAGUAAAAAAAAGAAAAAGAAAUAAAAUAAAAUAAGAAAAAAGAAUGCGAGAAGAGACAGGCCUACUUCCAGCAACCCCAAUCGGUUCGGGAGGAAAGGAACACUCGAAACUUGUCGGUGAGAGCAAUCCAGGGCUGUUGUCACCGACAUGCAUACAUACAGUAUACUUGGUAUACUUGCGUACUUACAGUAGUCAACCAGUCUAUUAUUCGCCCGUCGAAAAAGGGC